AUGUCCCGCUGCGUAGCCCAAGACCCCAAGGCAUUCAUCGGGUGCGACGGGCCACCCGACACUGACGCGGACCCCAACCCCAACCAGCACGCCCACACUGGCCUGCCCAAUGCCACCAAAGGCCUGAAGGCUGGCGACACCACCUCCUUCGGCGACCAGAUCAGGUCCCUGCGGACAUCACCCCCCUACACUGGAGCCUUUGUGCUCCCACUCAUCUCUCACACCCACGAGCUACAGGGACCUGAGCCUGGCCAUGUCCUUCAGGGGUCUGGAGUGAGGGGUCCGCGCGGUGGGGCGCGGCGGCCCGGGCGCGUGGCCGUGGCGGGGGCGAGGGCGCGCGCGUCCUUACCUCGGGGCCUCCGCCGUGGCCGUGGCCGUGGCCGGCCGGGCAGCAGGCGGCCCGGGCUCCCUCAGCAGCGCGGCGCGGGCCCCCGCUCCGGGCCCCGCUCGUGCCGCGGCUCCGGCUCCAGCGCCCGCUCGGGCCCCCGCUCCCGCGCCGCCGCCGCCGCCGCUUCCGCCGCCGCCGCCGCCGGCCUCCGCAUGUUGGCGCGGGCCGUCCCCGCCGCGCGGGCGCCCGGCUCGCCCCGGUCUCGCAGCGUCGCCCGCGGCCCGCGCUUACGCCCCGGCGUCGGGGGAGGGUCCUCACCCACUGCGCAGCCGCCGUCCGGCCCGGGGCGCGCGACGGCUCAGCGCGGGGCGGGGCUUCGAGGCCGCCCGGCGCCGCCGCACGACGGCCGCCGCGCUUUGCGGCCGCUCCGGGGCUGCCAGACCGCUGCCCGCGGGGGGUUUCCCGGAGGCGCGCGCCCCGCGGCUCGGGUGGGGGCAGGGGAGAGCGCGCGGGCGCGCGGGGAAGGAGCCGGGCAGCGUCCACCCUCCCGGGGGCGGGGCUCCCGCCGCUCGCCCGGGCCCGCCUGCCGUCGCCAUGGCGACGCGUGGCCGGCCGCCCCGCCGCGCUUCUGUGACGUCACGGUCUCGCCACCUGACGUCACGGCCGGGCGGUGGCGCGGGGCGUGGCCGGCGCGGGGACGGGCCCGGAGUGACCGGGACUCGGUGGGGCGGCGCCCGCGAGGCGCAGCUGAGGGCCGGUCAAGGCGGGGCGGGGGAGCGCUCCCCGGGCCGCCGCCGGCCGCGCGCCGCGGCAGCGGAAACUCGAGGGGCGGGGGCAGGUCCACCUGAUCUGGCGCGGCCUGCAGGGCUUGCCCUGGGCUCCCAAGCUUCUCUCUUAACUCAGGCAAAAGAGCCUGCAGGGGAACCAUCCCCUGAUGGGAACCAAAAUUUACUCCAACAAGCAAGAGGGACUGCCCUCAGCCAGCAAGACCCCACUCGUGAUGGACCCGGGGACAGCGAUGUGCUUGACAUCACUGGCCACACGCUCAUACCCACUGACUUUGUCCCACAGUUUCCUUAUAUAAACCUGGAAGUAUUUUCGUCAUUUGGGAGGGGGUCUUGAGACGCUAGUCUGCUUUCUUCCCGGCGUUGGCCUCACUGAAAGAAAUUUCUCAUUUUACCACCACUCGGGUUCUCUGCCUUUGGAUUUUGUUGGCAGCGAAAGGCUGGACCUGGCCUGUUUGGGACCCCCGGAGCCAGGUGCUUUUGCACCCCUGGACCCCCCCCACCUUAGGGCUUAUCCUGCCACACCUUUCUCCAGCCCCCUUGCCCUGUCACCACCUCCAGGGAGCUCAUGCCACGUUCCCGAGUUGUCCUUUCUCACCACAUCCUGACCCUUUUCCAUGAAGAAGUCGAUUUGUUUAAAAUCAGCCUCCUCCUAAAUACAGUGCUCAAUGGAUUACUAGGAAAGAAAGGAAGAAAGGAAGAAAAAGAAAGAAAGAAAAGAGAAAAAGGCAGAAAGCAAUCUACCUUGUCCACCGGCCAGGCCAGGGACCACAUCUGCUCUGCUCACUAUGUCUGUGCACCCAGCAGCAGGCACUCAGUCUGUGUGUGAUCACUGCGUGUGGCAAAGGAAUGACGGAAUGGAUGAACAGAGUUCACAGUCCUUCCAGAUUCUGGAGCACUCAGGGGUUUGUCUCCUCGGACUUCCUGGCCCCAUCUCUCCUCUCCUCUCAUUCCUUAGGAAAAUCUGCUCUCUGCGCUCAGUUCCCAGGGGGUCAGGAAGCAUGGUGGCCGCUUCUCCAGAGGAAUUUCAGCCUAGCCUUAACCCUGAGCUCCAGCCUCGCCCCUGUAAAAAGCUGCGUGGCUAUGCAGCUGAAAGAUCACGGGAAGUGAGGCCAAGUCUGGGGUUGUGCCAGUAAAAGGCUGUGUGACAAUGCACCGAUCACCCACCCUCUCUGGUUCUCCGCAUCCUCAUCUGUAAGUUAGGACUAUCCACAGCCUCCUCAGGUAUAUUAUGGGAAUUCAUGGACAAAGAAUUGCCAGCACAGGACCCUCUGCCUCAAAUGAACAUCUCUCUAAUCGCUCAGAGUCUCUGAAAAAGCAAA